UGUAGGCAAGAAAUAUUGAGUUUAAACGUUUUUCUUCGUUUUUUUUUUAUCAAUUCGAAACUAUAAACUAUCGAAAGCUUUAACCUUAGGUGAAGACGAUGCCUUGCGUAGGCCUGCGGCAAAAUCUCCUAAUGAGAAGGAUCAAAAUCGAAACAAAGUGAAAGUUGUCAACAACAAAGAUUACAAAAGAAGUGCAAAGGACGAAGACACAACUGUCACUGAGGAAUGUGACAGAAACACCGAUAUAACAUGCGUGAAAGAAAGUCUCCCUUCUUCAGUUCAAGAAACGAAAUCAGGCAAUGGACGCUCUGAAUCAAUGGCAACCAUGGUACAUAACCAACAUAAAAUCAAUUCUACUAAGCCAAAUAUUCAAGCACGAUCUGAUCGGUUGACAAGUCCCUCUAAUUCUGAUAUCUACGAAAGUUUUGAACUUGCUCAAGAUGAGAAUACACUUCCGAAAUUUAUUGAUGGCAAUACAGAUUUGGAGAGUACAAUGACAGACAGCGUUUCAUCAACAUUCAUGAGUGUUGCAGGUUGCUCAGAUUCUUUUGUUUCAGUUGGACAAAGUAAACUUGAUUCUGAUUCACAUUUUUUAGGAGCAUCUGAAGGCGACAAAAAGGCAAAUCAUGCUAUGAUACAAGAGCUCACAAAAUCAUUCCAGGGUAGCACACAUACUGAAAAUAAAGUACCAUUACGCAAACAUACAUCUUUGCCUCAAUGUCAGAAAUACCCGCCAAGUCCUUCAUUUAAAUUUGGCAAAAAAGACCGAGUUCCGCCGUCUUCUGUACGAAGUAUUAAAGAUGAAGGUGUGGAAUCAUCGAAUUGUAUUUGUAACAAACACGACGAAAGAAAUACGGCAGAAACAUCAGUGUUACCCAAGGACAAUGGUGACAUACAUUUCCAUCAGGCGUCUACGUCUUAUUCAAAACAAAAUAAAUCGGCAGAUACUACGAAAACAGAAAAGGCACCACACAUAUUGAAGUUCGACAUACGCAUAGAUGACGAGGGGAUUAAUACAUAUGAGAACAUCAAGUUUUUCGAAAACAAAGAUCAAAAUAAAGUAUCUGUAAAUGAAAACGAAACAAAAAGAGGCAGUAAUAGCAGUACCGAUAGUACAUCUAGUUCUGGUAGUAGUACGGAUAGUGUCACGUAUGAAAGCCCAGAUGAGGGUGCACAUGAUGAAAAUAAGAUUAUCUUACGAGAAGAAGAAUAUCUUUGCGAAAGAGAGGAAGACGUUAAAAAGAAUCUUCAACACAAUCCAUCUGGAACAUUUCUUAUUUGCAUUUCCGGAUCCGUGCAGAAAUUGUGGUUCGUCACCGAUAAGGGACGCAGGUGUUUCAUCAUUCAGCGACAGGGGGAGAAACUAUCGCUUUACAAAAACUGUUCCAAGCUAGAAAACAUGUUUGAUAAUCUGAAACAAUUACUAUAUUUUUACCAUCUUAACGAUUUGCCUUCUAAAAGCUAUAAAUUGAAACUGAAACGAGCAUACAAAUCUGUCAAAAAAGAUUAAGUGAAUUAAAAUAAGAGAUUUCAAAGAGUCAACCUAUUAAUACAUGUAAACACAAACAAUAUAGGACUAAGUAAAUCUGACACCAGUUGAAACAGAUGUGUUCCCUAAAGUUACAGAUACUAGGGCGAAAACUUAAACAUUAGUACAAAUUUGACAAAGAUAUAAUAUAUUAAGAUAUAUAUUGUUAAUCAACAGAAAUUUGAAAAAUUGCAAGUCGAAAAAUUAAAUAAUUCACUAUUAGAUCUCAAGUAAAAGAUUACAAAAUAGAUCAAUAAAUUACGAAACGGAAACAAAUGCACAGUAAAACUACCAGGAAUUUAUAGCUUUAGCUACAGCGCUAAGUGUUAUCAUAGAUUGAUACAACAAACAAACAGUGUAAAACUGUAUGAAGUGUAUGAAGUGAAAAUGACAUAUGAAAAUAAUGAUGAAAGUUGUUGUUUAUAUCGAGAGGUUGACAAUAAACUUAACAUAUAUUUGCUAAAUAGAGAUCGAUUGAAAAUCUAUUGAUUACUUCUUUAAUGUUUUAACCUUAUUAUUGUAGAAUAAUGUUAUAUAUUAUAUGUGUAAUUUACUGUCUCGUUAAAUUAACAUGCAUUCAUGAUGUGAUGCUGUUUUUUUCACUUGAUUCUUUCGAAAUACUUUUCGUAAAUUUAUUAUAUUUUCUUGUUUACGUUAUGAAAAGUUUUUUUAAUUAUUGAAAUAUCAGAAAUAUGUAAAUUAUCAAUUAGCCAGACCGCUGACAUGUUUAUUGCAAUUUACGGGUCUGACACAUUUAUGUUUAUUUACAUCAUAUGUAUGACAACAUGAUUAUUAUCACUAAUUUUAUCUAAGACAUUUAUUUAAAGUUUUCCUUAAUUUUUUAUCUAAUGCUCUGUUUGACUUAAAGAAAGGAAUUAGCAUGCCGCUGGCUUCUGACAUCUAGAGUGUUAAUCAGUCUAAAUCGAACCAUUCGA